GGUUCGCGGCGCGGGCCGGCGAGCGGGGCGAUGGCGAAGACCGUGGCCUACUUCUACGACCCGGACGUCGGCAACUUCCACUACGGGGCUGGACAUCCCAUGAAGCCCCAUCGCCUGGCACUGACCCACAGUCUGGUGUUGCACUACGGACUCUACAAAAAGAUGAUUGUAUUUAAGCCGUACCAGGCCUCCCAGCACGAUAUGUGCCGUUUUCACUCAGAAGAUUACAUUGACUUCCUUCAGAGGGUGAGUCCAAACAACAUGCAAGGAUUCACCAAGAGCCUCAAUGCUUUCAACGUAGGGGAUGACUGUCCAGUCUUCCCAGGACUGUUCGAGUUUUGCUCUCGCUACACUGGGGCCUCCUUGCAAGGAGCAACACAACUGAACAAUAAGAUUUGUGAUAUUGCCAUAAACUGGGCAGGAGGCUUGCACCACGCGAAGAAGUUUGAGGCCUCUGGUUUUUGUUACGUCAACGACAUCGUGAUCGGCAUUUUGGAGCUUCUCAAGUAUCACCCACGUGUCCUUUACAUUGAUAUCGAUAUUCAUCACGGAGAUGGCGUUCAGGAGGCUUUUUAUUUGACGGACCGGGUCAUGACGGUUUCUUUUCACAAAUACGGAAACUACUUCUUCCCUGGUACAGGUGACAUGUAUGAAGUUGGGGCAGAAAGUGGCCGCUAUUACUGCCUGAAUGUGCCUUUGCGUGAUGGAAUUGAUGACCAAAGUUACAAACACCUUUUCCAGCCAGUCAUUAAUCAAGUGAUAGACUUCUACCAGCCCACAUGCAUCGUACUACAGUGUGGUGCUGACUCGCUUGGUUGUGACCGCCUGGGUUGCUUUAACCUCAGUAUAAGAGGACAUGGCGAGUGUGUGGAAUAUGUCAAGAGUUUCAACAUCCCUCUGCUGGUGUUGGGGGGAGGCGGCUACACGGUUCGCAACGUGGCCCGGUGCUGGACCUAUGAGACUUCGCUGCUUGUGGAUGAAGCAAUUAGCGAGGAGCUCCCAUACAGUGAAUACUUUGAAUACUUUGCUCCAGACUUUACCCUCCACCCGGAUGUCAGCACUAGAAUUGAAAACCAGAACUCGAGGCAGUACCUAGAUCAAAUCCGGCAGACCAUCUUCGAGAACCUGAAGAUGCUGAACCAUGCGCCCAGUGUACAGAUCCACGAUGUUCCUUCUGAUUUGUUGAGCUACGACCGCACAGAUGAGCCGGAUCCGGAAGAGAGGGGCUCAGAAGAGAACUACAGCAGGCCUGAGGCUUCCACAGAAUUCUACGAUGGUGACCACGAUAAUGAUAAAGAAAGUGACGUGGAGAUAUGAGUCCUGAACCAUGUGGAUUUUUGGACUGUGUCAUGUUCCCUGCGUGGAUGAGAGAGCUCAAAGGAAACAGCCGCUCUGCCCACCCGCUGGUCGCUUGAAGUGACAGCAAAAGCAUUGCUGAAGCACACAAAGACUUGUGCACGAGGGGCCGUGACACCCCCCCUCCCCAUUUCCCAUGAGAUUGUGCCUCUGUCAUCGCCUGUGGGAUCAGAGAUUCCUCCUAAGAAUUCUAGGGCCAUGGCUGCUGUCUGACCAGUGACUUUCUCCCUUCGCGCAGACAUUUCAAGGAGAACAUUUCCGUCUUCAGCAGCUCUCUUGUCUUUUGUUGUGCUACAAGCUUUUCACGUCUGCGUACUUCUGCUGCAGCGGCAGAUCCAUAACCCGCAGAAAGCUGCACUGAAAGUCAUUUUCCUGCCAGGUUCCCUGCCAGUGAGUCCUCUGUCGCAUUCACUCGUACAAAAAGCGAACCGGGUUAUUUUUGUUAAUAUCCUUCUGGGCCACAGUGAACAUAGGAGGGGUUAAUUUGGGGUCCAGUACAAGACUGCAGGGUCUUUCAUCCCUACAGCUGUUCUUCCCCCUCCCCGCCCCAAACGCAGACACUGAGAAAUCUUUAUCCAUGUGGGCGUUGGAGGAGGGGGGGCAAUCAGACUAGGACAUGAUCCCCCCCCCCUUUUGUCAUGUUGCUGACCAGGAUGUCAGCCUGGUACCCGAAACCAUUAUCGACUGAGGAUUUAAUUCUGUGGAGGUAGCAAGCCUUCAUACUUGGCACACUCUGCACCUUCUGCCUGUAACUGCGUUGGCCCUCGUGCCCCCAGAGGAGCUCUCCCUGCGUCUUUACUUCAGUCAAGGGGCAGGUUGUGACAGAAAACACACCCUUGGUUGUGGGGACAUUGGUUCUGUUCUCCUGUUCGCUGUGGGUGCAUUUCCCCCACUCGUGAGCUUCUUCAGCACAGGGGCAAGUGAAUUCAGCCUUGAGGGUGUGUGACAAAUCCCACGUUCACGGUAUGGUCGGUUUGCCAGAGCUUGGAAUAUCUCCCUGGGUUAAUGGCAAAGGGAAACCCAUUUCCCCCCUUUUGCAACAGUUUUUAUGGAGCCAACGUGGGCCUGGUGUUUGGUCUUGCACCGGCCAUGUGCCGUGUCUGCUGCUGCUGCUACCUGUCCAUCUGGGUUGUGAGGGUGUCGUCGUCGUCGUCGUCGUUGCAGUGACAUCCUCGUUGUUGUUCCUUGUAUUGUCCUUGUAUUUUUACCAAUGUUUCAGAAUAUUAAACCGCAGGAUGGUAUUUUUUUCUUA